CUAAUGCUCCUCACAAUGCUCUCUCUUCCUCGCAACAGCAGACAGACAGCGGAGACCCUGCUGUCUCUGUCACCUGCUGAAACUGCCAACCUCAAGGAAGGAAUCAAUUUUUUCCGAAAUAAGGCUACUGGCAAAGAGUUCAUCCUGUACAAGGAGAAGGACCACCUGAAGGCGUGCAAGAACCUCUGCAAGCACCAAGGAGGCCUGUUCCUGAAAGACAUCGAGGACUUAGGCGGAAGGUCCGUUAAAUGCACAAAGCACAACUGGAAGUUAGAUGUGAGCACCAUGAAGUACAUCAACCCUCCAGGGAGCUUCUGUCAGGACGAGCUGGUUGUCGAAAUGGAUGGAAACAAUGGGCUUUUGCUUAUAGAACUGAAUCCUCCUAACCCUUGGGACUCUGAUCCCAGGUCUCCUGAAGAGUUGGCUUUUGGGGAAGUACAGAUAACAUAUCUCACUCAUGCCUGCAUGGAUCUCAAGUUGGGAGACAAGCGGAUGGUGUUUGACCCUUGGUUAACUGGCCCUGCUUUUGCCCGAGGAUGGUGGCUACUCCACGAGCCUCCAUCUGACUGGCUGGAGAGGCUGUGCAAAGCAGAUCUCAUUUACAUCAGCCACAUGCACUCAGACCACCUGAGUUACCCCACUCUGAAGCAGCUUUCUCAGAAACGGCCAGACAUUCCCAUUUAUGUCGGCGACACAGAAAGGCCUGUGUUUUGGAAUCUGGACCAGAGCGGUGUCCGGUUAACUAACAUCAAUGUGGUACCAUUUGGACUGUGGCAACAGGUAGAUAAAAAUCUCCGGUUCAUGAUCCUGAUGGACGGCGUUCAUCCUGAGAUGGACACGUGCAUUAUCGUGGAGUACAAAGGUCAUAAAAUACUCAACACAGUGGACUGCACCAGACCCAAUGGGGGAAGGCUGCCUGAGAAAGUUGCUCUAAUGAUGAGCGAUUUUGCUGGGGGCGCAUCAGGCUUUCCAAUGACUUUCAGUGGUGGAAAAUUUACCGAGGAGUGGAAAGCCCAGUUCAUUAAGGCGGAGAGAAGAAAGCUUCUGAAUUACAAAGCUCAGCUGGUGAAGGACCUACAGCCUCGAAUCUACUGUCCCUUUGCUGGGUAUUUUGUGGAAUCUCACCCAUCUGACAAGUAUAUUAAGGAAACAAAUGUCAAAAAUGACCCAAAUCAACUCAACAAACUUAUCAAGAAAAACUGUGAUGUGGUGACCUGGACCCCACUACCUGGAGCUACCCUUGACCUGGGCAGAAUGCUGAAGGACCCAACAGACAGCAAGGGCAUCGUGGAGCCUCCAGAAGGGACAAAAAUUUACAAGGAUUCCUGGGACUUUGGCCCCUACCUGAGGACCUUGCAUUCUGCUGUAGGAGAUGAAAUCUUCCUUCACUCGUCCUGGAUAAAAGAGUACUUCACUUGGGCUGGAUUUAAGAGUUACAACCUGGUGGUCAGGAUGAUUGAAACAGAUGAAGACUUCAACCCUUUGCCUGGAGGAUACAACUAUCUGGUGGACUUUCUAGAUUUAUCUUUUCCAAAAGAAAGACCCAGCAGGGAGCAUCCCUAUGAAGAAAUCCGCAGCCGUGUGGAUGUCAUCAGGUACGUGGUGAGGCACGGCCUGCUGUGGGACGACCUGUACAUUGGAUUCCAGACCCGGCUGCGGCGGGAUCCUGACAUAUACCAUCAUCUGUACAGCCUCACCCCCUAAAUGGACUGUUGCCCUCAUGGUAAGUUAUGGAGGUGUCUUCUGAGGGGCUUUGCUCUUUCUGGAAUCCAAGGUGACUACAGUUUAGGGCAGUGAAUUAUCUUUGUGUCUUCAGUCUUGAAGGAGGAUGAGCUGGGUUAGGUAGAUAAAUACCCCUUAGUCAUUGACAUGCCUGUGCAGAGCCAAGCAGGUGUCUGAGCUGCACUGAAGGAGACAGACACAGAGAGAAGGCAGAGGUGCCACCCUCACACUCUGCUUUAGUCACCUUGUGGCCCAGGGGAGAGGUCAGUUCUCUGGAGCAAAAGCAGCUGCCAAGCCCUUGUGUCUACACCCGACUUCUUACCUGGAGGGAAAAAGAGAGAAUGUGGCAACUUCUGGGAGAUAUCGUUUCUGCAUAAAAAUAAUUCAUCUCGGAGUCAUCUCGGAUGUGGAUGCUGAAACUAUCUUGUCAUAUCAUUCGGCUGGUUCUAUUGUUGUUGGUUUUGUUUUGUUUUGUGGGAAUUGAGACAGGAGCCCACGUAGCCCAGGCUGGAUUCAAAUUCACUAUGGAGCUGAUAAUGACCUUGAACUGAUGACCCUCUUGCCUCUACCUUUCAAGUGGUAGGAUUGCAGGAGUGACCCUUUGCCACGUCCGGCUUAUAUUGUGUUCUGAGAACAAAGGAUGCCCUGCUGAGUGUUGAGAAGCAGCCACAGCCCUAUUUAACGGCUGCUCUUAAAACGGGAUCUGUGGGUCUGCUAAAUAUUUUUAUCAUAAAAAAUACAUACUUACCAUUGAAAUUUUGAAAAAAGAUAGUUUAAAAUACAAAAGAAAUCAAUACAAGAAAUACUCCUCACUCAGAUGGAACAAUUUGUAUUUGGUAUCUAGUUAAUCUUUCUUUCUGUAUUUCCAAGCACGCGCUGAGUUUUUUCCAGUGUGGGCAAUGCCGGCCUCAUUCUCGUAUCUGUGUGGUCACCUGGUGUUUCCCACAUCACUGUGUUUUCUCACGUGGUCAUUUUCAUGCCGGUCCGCCUGACCACACGCCAGUAUUCAGACCUCCUUUAACAGUCGUCAGCCAUGGAGCCCUGUCUAGCUCUUCACCAUUUGCAACAGCGGUUUGAUGAAUCACAUCUGUAUCUCUUCACAGGUUCUCUGUUCUUUCCUGAGGGUGAGUUCUUAGGUGUGCCGUUAAUGAGUCUAGUUCAGCAGUCAGCCAGAUCAUUCUUCAGGAAGCAGGUUCACCUUCCUACAUCUAAGGAGACGUGGUCACUUUCACUAACACUCUACCUGAUGCAAAGUGUGUCUUGUAUCAAUGUAACUUUCACUAAUCAGAAUUCCUUAAAGUGGGGCUUAUCCUAAAAUGGCAGAUGGCCAUCAUGUUUUAAGGGACCCUGAGAACUCUUAGAUAUACCAGCAACUGAAACGGCAGGACAACACUGUUUUCUGGGGGGAGCUGAGACCAGGCACCAAACAAACCCUGGCCAAGCAAGAGGCAUCGACCUUUGAAGCCCUUGUCUCUCUGCUGUGUUUCUUGCAGGUUUUGGAAUCAUUUUCAGAUAAAACUCCCUCUAACACCACCCAACUGGAGGUCUUUCCUGAUGCACUGUGGUUAGACCAGACCUGGCAUGUCCCAGGUAAGCACCUGGUGGGGCUGGUAGACACCUAGCCACGUAUCCUAUGGCAUUCGCUUUUUUACCAAAAUUCCAGCAAACCUAACUUCCAGAGGAUCACGGGAAGAGAGAUUACAUGAGAACAUUGAGGUGUGAAAAUAAGUGUGUAAGACAACUAUGAGUGGCCUCCUCAGAGUCCACAGGCUCCUUGGAGGAUGGAGGUGACACACACAGACACUAUUUCAGAAGGAAAUCCUGAACACAAAAGGAGAAACAGCCACAUGACUGGGAAAGAGAACUGCUAAAGCAGUGGGUGAGAUGCAGCCUGAGAUCAGCGUCUGUGGCGCCCAUCAGAGUUGCCCUUUCCACAGCCAGGCACAGAGUCUUGUUAGGUGUGUCACCAAGCUUGUUCCCGCCUGCGUGUGACCCACAGGACCGCAUGCUACAGAAAUGAGCAUUUUCUUGAUUCAUGCAUUUGUAUUCAUUUAUUCCACCAACAGCUACCUCUUCAUAUUUAUUACACGUGCUAAUAGUUGUCUCCCCAGACAUGUUCUGUUUCUUAAACGUACAGUGUCAGGGCUGGAGAGCUGACUCAGUUGGUCAAGUGUCACACAGGUAUGAGAACCGAGUUAAUCCCCAGCACCCAUGUGGAAAGGCAGGCUCGGUGGAACCUGCUUGUAACUCCAGUGCUGGAGCAAUGAAGACAGCUGGAACUCUGGGGCUUACUGGCCAGCCAGCCUCGCUCAGUCAGCUUCAGCCAGUGAGCCAUCCGGUCUCAAAACAAGGUGGACGUCUCUAGAGGAAGACACCUGAUAUUGACCUCUGGCACAUGCACACACAAGUUCAUAUACAUACAUGUAAAGUAGACAGUAUUGUGUAAUGGCCCCGGCGCUAUAUAGCAUAGCCCCCCACUGCACCCCAUAGUUUUAUAGGUGAUGUACACUUAAGGAGGAAAAGAACACAUCUCUUUUUGUCUCAUACAGUCAGCAUAGCUUGCCUCUUAAAAUAGGCAUCAGUGGGCUGGAGAGAUGACUCAGAGGUUAAGAGCACUGGCUGCUCUUCCAGAGAGGUCAUGAGUUCAACUUCCAGCAACCAGCUCACAACCAUCUAUAAUGAGAUCUGGUGCCCUCUUCUGGCAUGCAGGCAUACAUGCAGGAAAAACACUUUAUA